UAGUUUUACUAUCUGUCGUGCACAGUGUGGGUGGAGCGAAGGACGCUCGGAGAAGCUCUGUCAAGAAGUAUUUAGGAGUCCCGCUGUCGUGUGUUUACAGCAUCUUUUUAACCUGAAAAACAAAAACACACUACAGACAAACAAGGUUGUAGACGGAGGAGUAUAAGCGUAUUUUGGACACAGCCAUGGCUGGUGUAUAUGGAUGGGGCCUGACCCCAUUCAACCAAGGAGUCCAAACAGCAAACCCCUACAUAGAGAUCAUCGAGCAGCCAAAGCAGAGGGGGAUGAGGUUUAGGUACAAGUGUGAGGGACGUUCAGCUGGCAGCAUCCCCGGAGAGAAAAGCAAUGACACCACUAAGACCCACCCGGCCAUUAAGGUGCAUAACUACAAUGGGCCCCUGCGUGUUCGCAUUUCAUUGGUAACAAAAAACCCACCGUAUAAGCCCCACCCUCAUGAACUGGUUGGGAAAGACUGCAAACAUGGCUACUAUGAGGCUGACCUCCAAGAGAGACGAAUACACAGUUUUCAGAACCUGGGCAUACAGUGUGUCAAGAAGAAGGAUGUGAAUGAGGCCAUCACUUGCAGACUACAAACCAAUAAUAACCCCUUCAGUAUUGCCGAGGCAAAGGUGUGGGAGGAGGAGUUUGACCUGAAUUCAGUUCGACUUUGCUUCCAGGCCUCCAUAACUCUGCCAACAGGGGAGCCAUUUCCUCUGGAGCCCGUGGUAUCACAGCCCAUCUAUGACAACAGGGCCCCAAACACAGCUGAGCUGAAGAUCUGCCGAGUCAACCGCAACUCUGGAAGCUGCAAAGGAGGGGAUGAAAUCUUUCUGUUGUGUGAUAAAGUACAAAAAGAGGACAUCGAGGUGCGUUUCUUCCAGGACUCCUGGGAGGGGAAGGGCACUUUCUCUCAAGCUGAUGUCCACAGGCAGGUGGCCAUUGUGUUCCGCACACCACCCUACCGUGACACUAACCUCGCUGAGCCCAUUAGAGUCAAGAUGCAGCUCCGCCGCCCCUCUGACCGCGAGGUCAGCGAACCGAUGGACUUCCAGUACCUGCCAGCUGACCCAGAUGAAUACAGGCUGAGUGAGAAGAGAAAGCGUACAGGAGACAUGUUCCAGAGCUUGAAGCUGGGGCCUAUGCUGUCUAGUGUGUCCAUUCCACAAGAUAGACGGCACCUAAGCCCAGCAAGAAGAACGGUUACAGCCAAACCUCCAUCAAUCAAUGCACAAGCUGGAGUUGUGGUGCCCCCUGCUGCCAUUGGAGUGAAACCCCAGCCCACCUACUCAUUCAAUCAGCCAGGCCAGCUCUUCUCAGUCCAGCACAAGGUAGAGGCCUCCCCCUCUAUCUCUGCUGCGACUACAAACCAAACUUGGAAGAUCAUGGAGAGCCUAAACCUGGGUCCCCAGCCCAAAGCCACUCCAGUGUCCAGCUUCACAAUGAACCAGGCACCAUCCUCCUCCUUCUCUACUCCCACCUCCACUGCCAACCAAGAGUACUCAACUGUCAGCUUGAUGGACCUUCAUGAAUUCUUCCCCAACAUUUCCUCGGGCAUGACCCAGGAGCCUGCAGCUUCCCAAGCAAGCACAGUCUCCAAGGCCAGCAGCACCUUCCCCCUCCAGGGUUCCCAGUUGCGAGUGGAUGUGCCACUCGCGGACGAUAUCCCAGAGCUCCCUAGCUUUUCUGAAGAGCAGGCCCCAGGAACCCUGGACAGCCUAAAUAUGGAUGACUUGGUGGACUUUCUGACCCCCCCUCUCAUGAAUGAGGGUGAAAAUGGCACCUCAAUGUUGGCUCAAGCUUCGUGUCAGCAAGCUGCCCCACACGGCUCCACCACUGCUGCCCAGAACAGAGCAGUAUCCCAGAACACUUCUGACCCUGCUGGCAACCCAGGAAGUACCUGGAUGAAUUACCCCAACAGCAUCGUCAACUUGCUCCAGAAUGAGAACAUGGUUGUCCUCGCAUCCAGCAACCAGCGGUCUGCAGUGCUCGAUGAGUUUGAUGAGUUGAUGUCCGCCGAUGAGGAUCGCCUUAUUUCCAUUUUUAACAGCGAAAGCCAAGUUGGGUUUGUGUCAGGACCUCCAACCUAAAGUUUGUCUGUGUGUUGUUUUUUUUUUUAAUCUAUACAUUCACAUAGACCACAUUGUACUGCCCCUUCAGCCUUCUGAAGU